GCGAGUUGCGAGUUGCGAGCGAGCGGACCGGGAGCUAUAUAUCUUAAGCUUAAUAACAACGAAACCAACACAACACAUUUCUCAUUUCUCUCUUCUAAUUCUAAUUUAUAACCGUCCGCUUAUCAGGGACGCCUAGAUCAAGCCCUAGUUCUUUCACUUUUCUCUCUAUUCCCGAUUUUCAUCGCCAUCAUGCAUCCUCUUCAAUUUCACGAUUAGUUCAUCGCACUCCGAUUCUUCACCAUGUUCGAAGCUCACGUUCUUCAUUUGCUUCGAAGUUAUUUGGGUGAAUAUGUUCAUGGACUCUCUACGGAGGCGUUGAGAAUAAGCGUCUGGAAGGGCGAUGUUGUCCUAAAAGAUUUGAAACUGAAGGCAGAGGCUCUAAAUGCACUAAAACUACCAGUUACAGUCAAAGCUGGCUUUGUUGGUACAAUUACAUUGAAGGUACCAUGGAAAAGUUUGGGGAAAGAACCUGUCAUCGUCUUGAUUGAUCGUGUGUUUGUUCUAGCUCAUCCUGCUCCUGAUAGUCGAACUAUGAAGGAUGAGGAUAGGGAAAAACUUUUCGAAGCCAAGCUCCAGCAGAUUGAGGAAGCAGAGUCAGCCACACUUGAUGCAAUAUCAAAGUCAAAGUUGGGAAGUGUAUGACAUUCCAUCUUCUGGAAAUUCAUGGCUAAGUUCUCUAAUUUCUACAAUUAUUGGAAACCUCAAGAUAUCUAUCAGCAAUGUGCAUAUCAGAUAUGAAGAUUCAGUCAGUAAUCCAGGCCAUCCAUUUUCUUCAGGUGUGACUUUGGCUAAGCUUGCUGCUGUUACAAUGGAUGAGGAGGGGAAUGAAACUUUUGAUACAAGUGGUGCUUUGGAUAGGCUGAGGAAGUCAGUGCACCUUGAGAGACUAGCUCUUUAUCAUGAUUCUAACCAGCUUCCUUGGGAGAUUGAUAAGAGAUGGGCGGAUAUAAAUCCACAAGAAUGGAUUGAGAUAUUUGAAGAUGGCAUAAAUGAGCCUACUGGGGAUCAUAAGUUGGUACCUAAGUGGGCUAGGAAUCGCACGUACUUGGUUUAUCCUAUCAAUGCAGUCCUACAGUAUCAUCGUCUUGGAAACCAAGAAAGAGUUAAUCCUGAUAUUCCAUUUGAGAAAGUUACGCUUGUCCUCACAGAUAUCUCUCUAACUCUUACAGAGGCUCAGUAUCAUGAUUGGAUUAAACUUUUGGAAGCUGUUUCAAGAUACAAGACAUAUAUGGAAGUUUCUCAUUUACGACCUGUAGUUCCCAUCUCCAAGGCUCCUUAUUUGUGGUGGCAGUAUGCUGCACAGGCUGUACUCCAGAAGCAGCAGAAGUGUUACCGCUUGUCAUGGGACCAAAUUCGGCAUCUUUGUCAGUGUCGACGUCGAUAUAUUCAGUUCUAUGUGGCUUCUCUUCAACAUUCAUCACAUGUCAAUCAAACAGAAAUCAGAGAAAUAGAGAAAGAUCUUGAUUCAAAAGUGAUUCUUCUAUGGAGGCUACUAGCUCAUGCCAAGGUUGAAUCUGUGAAAUCAAAGGUAGCAGCUGAAGAAAGGAAGAUCAAGAAAAAGAGCUGGUUUUCAUUUAAAUGGCGUGAUAGUGACAUGGAAGAAUCCUCCUUGGAUGAUGCUUCUGAAGAGCAACAGCUUAGAGAAGAAUGGCAGGCUAUUAAUAAGUUACUAAGUUACCAGCCUGAGGAGGAGUUGAUGUUACGAUCUGCAAAAGAUAUGCAGAAUAUGGUCCAGUUUCUGGUAACUGUAUCUGUUGGUCAGGCAGCUGCCAGGAUAAUGAGUGUGAAUCAGGAGGAAAUUGUCUGUGGUCGAUUUGAGCAACUUCACGUGUCAACCAAGUUCAAGCAUCACAGUGUUUACUGUGAUGUGUUACUAAAAUUUUAUGGUUUAUCUGCUCCAGAAGGUUCACUUACACAGAGUGUCUAUAGUGAGCAGAAGGUGAAUGCAUUAGUGGCUAGUUUUGUGCACUUACCAAUUGGGGAGAAUAUUGACUGGAGAUUGUCAGCUACAAUUGCUCCCUGCCAUGUUACGGUUUUGAUGGAAAGUAUUGAUCGUGUCUUGGAGUUUUUAAAACGAAGUAAGGCUGUCAGUCCUACUGUUGCAUUGGAGACAGCUACAGCCUUGCAGACGAAGUUUGAGAAAGUGACUCGUAGAGCACAGGAGCAAUUUCAAAUGGUUUUAGAAAAACAAAGCAGAUUUGCAUUUGAUAUUGAUCUUGAUGCUCCUAAAGUUAGAGUUCCACUCAGAACCAGUGGUUCAGACUUAUGUGAUAGUCAUUUUCUUCUGGAUUUUGGUCAUUUUACUCUGCACACUGCAGAAAGCCAGUCUGAUGAGAAGAGGAAUCUUUAUUCUCGGUUUUACAUAUCUGGACGAGAUAUUGCUGCCUUUUUUACAGACUGUGGCUCUGAUUUUGGGAGUUGUAGUAUGGUGAAAUCAAGUGUUGACAGUCAAGUAAUGAAUUCACCUAUUGCCAAAAAAGAUGAAAAUGCCUAUUAUCUCAUUGAUAGGUGUGGAAUGGCAGUACUUGUUAAUCAGAUUAAAGUGCCUCAUCCAAGUUAUCCAUCCACUCUUAUUUCCAUUCAAGUGCCAAACCUUGGCAUUCACUUUUCAUCAGAGAGAUAUUUUAGAAUCAUGGAACUUCUGAGCUUAUUGUACGAGACUAUGGAAAAUUGUAGUCAGCCUACAACUGAUAAUUUCCAAUCUAAAGUUGUUCCUUGGAGUCCUGUUGAUCUUGCCACUGAUGGUAGAAUUCUAAUUUGGAAGGGAAUUGGCAAUUCUGUUGCUACAUGGAAUCCUUGUUUCCUGGUGCUCUCAGGAUCAUAUCUUUAUGUGUUUGAAUCUGCAAAGUCUCAGAAUUACCAGCGAUACCUAAGCAUGGCUGGUAGGCAAGUUCUUGAUGUGCCCUCAACAAAUGUUGGUGGUUCCGCAUUUUGUAUUGCCGUAAGCACCAGGGGAAUGGACAUUCAAAAGGCUCUGGAAUCUUCUAGCACAUGGAUCUUAGCUUUUCGAGAAGAGGAGAAGGCUAGCUGGUUUAAAGGACUUGUACAAGCCACAUAUCAAGCUUCUACUCCUCCAUCAGUUGAUGUGCUAGGUGACUCAGAGGGCGAUGCUACUUCCUACAAUGUUCUUAGUACCCCAAAUACAAAAACAGCUGACAUUGUUAUAAAUGGGGCACUGGUGGAAUUGAAGUUGUUUAUAUAUGGAAAGGUUGGGGAUACCAUAAAUGGAAAGCUUGACGAGUCUCUCAUUCUUGAAGUUGUUGCGGAUGGGGGAAAGGUCCAUGUCCUUCUUGCAGAUGGCGACUUGACAGUGAAGAUGAAAUUGCAUUCUUUAAAAAUUAAGGAUGAACUUCAGGGUCGUCUAUCUGUAGCUCCGCGUUAUCUUGCUGUUUCUGUCUUGCAGAGUGAAACUUCAUCCUCUGACAUGUAUGAUUCCCAUGGGAAGGAAGUGUCUCAUGAUGAUGAUGACAGCUUUACGGAUGCAUUAUCUGAAUUCAUUUCUCAAACUGAUGGAGGAUAUUGUUUACAUAAUAUGGAUUUGGAUCAUCAGGGAUUGGUGGGGAUUGCUUCUGAUUUCGAGUCUCUAGAAAACAUAAUGCAUGAAAAGGGCACUCCUCGUGAGGUAUAUUAUGAGGCACAGGGAAGUGAUACUUCAAAUUUUGUAUCUGUCUCCUUUACAACAAGAAGUUCUUGUUCACCUGAUUAUGAUGGCAUAGAUACACAGAUGUGUGUUCGUAUGUCCAAACUGGAAUUUUUCUGCAACCGACCGACUAUUGUUGCUUUGAUAAGUUUUGGUUUGGAUAUAAGCUCUGGAAAUAAAGUGACAAGUCCCACGGACACUUUGGCAACUUCUUCAGAGAAACUUGUGGUAAAGGAGAGAACUGAUGAAGAGGGGCCCGUUAGUGGAUUGUUGGGAUUUGGUAAAGAACGUGUAGUAUUUUAUUUGAACAUGAAUGUGGACAGUGUAACUAUUUUUCUUAACAAGGAGGAUGGUUCUCAGCUUGCUACAUUAGUUCAAGAAAGCUUCUUACUGGAUCUUAAGGUUCACCCAAGUUCUCUUUCCAUUGAUGGAACAUUAGGGAAUUUUAGACUUUGUGAUACAUCCCUUGGAUCAGAUCAGUGUUGGGAUUGGCUUUGUGACAUUCGUAAUCCUGGUGUUGAUUCCCUUAUAAAGUUCAAAUUUAAUUCUUAUAGUGCUGGAGACGAUGACUAUGAAGGAUAUGAUUAUAGCUUGCAAGGCCAUCUUUCAGCUGUUCGCAUUGUUUUCCUUUAUAGAUUUGUGCAAGAGAUAAUGAUGUACUUCAUGGAACUUGCCUCCCCGCACACUGAAGAAGCAAUAAAACUUGUGGAUAAAGUUGGAGGAUUUGAAUGGUUGAUUCAGAAAUAUGAAAUAGAUGGAGCUACUGCACUCAAGCUGGAUCUUGCACUCGACACUCCAAUUAUCAUUGUUCCAAGGAAUUCAAUGAGCAAAGAUUUUAUACAACUUGAUCUGGGAAAGCUACAGAUUAAAAAUGAAUUCAGUUGGUAUGGAUCUCAAGAAGAAGAUCCUUCAGCUGUGCAUAUUGAUCUUCUUCAUGCUCAGAUUCUGGGUAUUAACAUGUCUGUUGGAAUUGAUGGUCGUCUUGGAAAACCAAUGAUACGUGAGGGUCAGGGACUUGAUAUAUUUGUUCGUCGAAGUUUGAGGGAUGUUUUCCGGAAAGUCCCAACUUUUUCACUUGAAGUGAAGGUGGAUCUAUUGCAUGGUGUAAUGUCUGAUAAAGAAUAUAAGGUGAUUUUGGAUUGUACAUACAUGAAUUUAUCUGAAGAACCAAGGCUCCCUGCUAGCUUUCGUGGUGGAAAAUCUGGUUCAAGGGAUACUAUUAGGCUUCUUGUUGAUAAGGUUAACUUGAACAGUCAACUUUUGUUGUCCCGAACAGUUACAAUCAUAGCUGUUACAGUGAACCAUGCCUUGCUGGAGCUUUGUAAUGGCACUGAUGGGGAGUCUCCAUUGGCUCAUAUUGCUAUGGAAGGUCUUUGGGUUUCUUAUCGUAUGACAUCUUUAUCAGACACAGACCUUUUUGUGACUAUUCCAAAAUUCUCUGUACUAGAUGUCCGCCCUGAUACAAAACCGGAAAUGCGUCUGAUGCUUGGAUCAUCUGCCGAUGCUUCCAAACAAACUGUUACUGGAAAUGUUCCCUUUUUAUUUAACCCGGGUAGUUUUAGAAGGACAACCAGUGAAGUUGAAAUUGAUGAUAUGCCCAUUUCAACAAUGUUCUUGAUGGACUACAGGUGGCGGGUGUCAUCCCAAUCAUAUGUGAUUCGUGUGCAGCAACCUCGAGUCCUUGUUGUGCCAGAUUUUCUUCUUGCAGUGGCUGAGUUUUUUGUGCCUUCUUUGGGAGCACUAACUGGAAGAGAAGAAAAAAUGGAUCCAAAGAACGAUCCUAUCAGCAGAAACAGUAGCAUAGUGCUGAUGGAAUCAAUUUACAAGCAGGAAGAAGAUGUGGUUCACCUCUCCCCAUCUAAACAGCUAGUUGCUGAUUCGGUAGGCAUUGAUGAAUAUACGUAUGAUGGUUGUGGAAAGGUUAUUUGUUUAUCUGUUGAAACAGAUGCAAAGGAAGUUCGAAGCACAAGGUUUAGACCAAUUAUUGUCAUUGGACAUGGCAAAAAAUUGCGAUUUGUUAAUGUAAAAAUUGAGAAUGGUUCUCUUCUAAGGAAGUAUACAUACCUUAGUAAUGAUAGCAGCUACUCAAUCUCUAGUGAAGAUGGUGUUGAUAUGGUGGUUUCAGGCAAUUUGCCAUCUAGUGAUGAGAAAAGCGUUGACAAUGUGAAUCAAACAUCAGGCACUUCUAUAGAUUCUCAAAGUGGUUCAAAUGCAACUCAAAGUUUUUCCUUUGAGACCCAGGUUGUUUCUUCUGAAUUCACCUUCUAUGAUGGCACUAAGUCAUUUCUUGAUGAUUCAUUUUAUGGCGAGAAGCUUGUUCGUGCAAAGUUGGAUCUAAGUUUCAUGUAUGCCUCCAAGGAAAAAGACACUUGGAUUAGAGCCUUGGUGAAGGAUUUUUCUGUUGAGGCUGGUUCUGGUCUUAUCAUUCUAGAUCCAGUGGAUAUAUCAGGGGGAUAUACUUCUGUGAAAGACAAAACAAAUAUAUCUUUGCUAUCAACGGACAUCUGUAUACAUCUUUCACUUAGUGCUCUGUCUCUUAUGCUGAAUCUGCAAAGUCAGGCCUCUGCUGCAUUAAGUUUUGGAAAUGCAAUUCCUCUUGUUCAAUGUACCAACUAUGACCGAAUUUGGGUGUCUGAGAAAGAAACUGGUCACAACAACAACAUUACUUUUUGGAGACCUCGAGCUCCUGCAAAUUAUGUUAUAUUAGGAGAUUGUGUAACAUCAAGGCCAAUUCCUCCUUCACAGGCAGUAAUGGCAGUAAGUAACACAUAUGGCCGCGUAAGGAAGCCAGUUGAUUUCCAUCUUAUUGGGUCAUUCCUCAAUAUUCAAGGGCACAGUGGAAGUGAAGACCAUUCUAUUGAUGGAAAUGAUUGUUCUCUUUGGAUGCCCAUUGCACCCCCAGGGUACACAGCGCUAGGCUGUGUUGCGCAUGUUGGGAACCAGCCACCCCCAAAUCAUGUAGUUCAUUGCUUACGUUCUGAUCUGGUAACAUCAGCAAAGUAUACAGACUGCUUAUUUAAUAUCCCAUUAAAUAAUCACUUUACCUCUGGCUUUAGCAUAUGGCGCCUUGAUAAUGCUAUCGGCUCAUUUUUUGCACAUUCUUCCACUGGUUGUCCUCUCAAAGAAAGAUGUUAUGACUUAAAUCAUCUGCUUGUCUGGAAUUCAAAUCGAGCUCCCCUGUUAGGUCCAGUAUUGGAUUAUCCUUCUGAUCAUGACAAUAACAAUCAGCAGACAAGCAAAAGUGUGAAUACAUCUGGAUGGGAUAUUCUCAAGUCCAUUUCCAAAGCAACUAAUUGCUAUAUGUCUACACCGAAUUUUGAAAGGAUAUGGUGGGACAAAGGCAGCGACCUCCGUCGUCCAGUCUCCAUUUGGCGACCAAUCGCACGUCAUGGUUAUGCUGUCUUGGGUGAUUGCAUCACUGAAGGCCUAGAACCUCCCGCACUAGGAAUAAUCUUCAAGAAUGACAGUCCUGAUAUCUCUUCAAAACCUGUUCAAUUUACCAAUGUUUCCCAUAUUGUAGGGAAAGGGUUUGAUGAAGUUUUCUUCUGGUAUCCUAUAGCUCCUCCUGGUUAUGUUUCUCUAGGAUGUGUUGUCUCCAGAACAGAUGAAGCUCCACGUGUGGAUCUGUUUUGCUGUCCAAGGAUGGAUCUUGUUAGCCAAGCAAACAUUCAUGAAGUGCCUCUUUCGAGACCAUCAAGUUCAAAAUCUCCUCAAUGUUGGAGCUUAUGGAAAGUAGAAAACCAGGCUUGCACAUUUCUGGCUCGUUCUGACCUUAAAAAGCCAUCAAGCCGAUUGGCAUACAUAAUCGGUGAUUCGGUGAAGCCCAAGACUCGGGAAAACAUAAAUGCUGAGCUAAAGCUGCGAUACUUUUCCCUGACGAUUUUGGACAGCUUAUGUGGAAUGAUGAGACCCCUGUUUGACACUACAAUUACAAAUGUGAAGCUUGCAACCCAUGGGGGACUAGAUGGGAUGAAUGCAGUACUGAUUGCUUCAAUUGUUGCAUCAACCUUCAAUGCACAUUUAGAAGCAUGGGAACCACUUGUGGAACCAUUCGAUGGAAUAUUCAAGUUCGAAACUUUUGACACCAACGCACCAUCAGGACUUGGGAAGAGAGUUCGAAUUUCUGCUACCAGUAUCUUGAAUGUAAAUGUCAGUGCAGCAAAUCUUGAAUCCUUUGUGGGAAGCAUUCUUUCGUGGAGACAACAGUUAGAUCUUGAACAGAAAGCAUUGAAGCUAAAUGCGGAGGCUGGUGGUCAACAAGGCAAAGGAGAAAAUACAACUUUUUCUGCACUAGAUGAGGAUGACUUGCAGACUGUGGUAGUUGAAAAUAAACUUGGCUGUGAUAUUUUUGUCAAAAGAGUAGAGCAUGAUGUAGAUACAGUUGACAAGCUACAGAAUGGCGAUUGUGUUUCUGUCUGGAUUCCACCUCCAAGGUUUUCAAAUAGGUUAAAUGUUGCAAAUGAAUCCAGGGAAGCACGUUAUUAUGUUGCUGUGCAGAUACUCGAAGCCAAGGGCUUACCUAUUAUUAAUGAUGGUAACAGCCAUAACUUCUUCUGUGCUUUGCGUCUUGUUGUUGAUAGCCAAGCAUCAGAACAGCAAAAGCUUUUUCCCCAGAGUGCAAGAACAAAGUGUGUGAAGCCUGUUGUAUCAAGAACCAAAGAUCAGGUUGAAGGCACAGUAAAGUGGAAUGAACUUUUCAUAUUUGAAGUUCCCCGAAAGGCCCCUGCUAAGUUGGAAAUAGAGGUUACAAAUCUCGCCGCAAAAGCUGGAAAAGGGGAAGUUGUGGCUGCACUUUCUUUUUCUGUCGGACAUGGUGCAAACAUUCUAAAGAAGGUUGCUUCCGUGAGAAUGUUUCAUCAACCAAAUGAUGUUCCAAAUAUUAGAUCAUAUCCACUUAAUAGAUUGGUUCAGCAAAAUGUUGAAGCCAUGCAUGAUGGAUGCCUCUUUGCUUCAACCUCUUAUUUUGAAAGAAACAAAAUUGCUAACCUUCAGAAUGAUAUAGAAAGUGAGAACGUUGGUGAUAGAGACAUGGGUUUUUGGGUGGGGCUUGGCCCAGAGAGUGAGUGGGAGAGUAUUCGAUCGUUGCUUCCACUAUCAGUGGCUCCAAUAUCAUUACAGAAUGAGUAUAUCGGUAUGGAAGUUGUGAUGAAAAAUGGAAAGAAGCAUGUAAUUUUCAGGGGUCUUGUUACAGUAGUGAAUGAUUCAGAUGUUAUUUUGAAUAUUUUGACUUGUCAUGCAUCUCAUGGUUGUGAUUCCUUGCUUGGAGUAAACAGUUCUAACACUGUAACAGCAGAAGUCUUUCAAAAUCAGUAUUAUCAGCCAUCAUCUGGUUGGGGUAACAAUUGGCCAGCUGUGCACAAUGAUAAUCCUGGACAUUGGAGCACAAGGGACUUCUCAUACUCAUCUAAGGAUUUCUUUGAGCCUCCACUUCCUCCUGGGUGGAAAUGGGCUUCGGGUUGGUCCAUAGAUAAGUCUCAAUAUGUUGACAAGGAAGGCUGGGCAUAUGGACCUGACAUUAAAAGCCUAAGAUGGCCUCCUAUUUCUUCACAUUUUUCAACCAAAUCAGCCUCUGAUGUUGUGCGUCGAAGGCGAUGGAUUCGUACAAGACAAUCUUUGUCUGAGCAAGGUACAGAAAGCUUGCAGGGUGGAGCAAGUACUGUGCAACCUGGAGCUUCUGCUGUUUUAUCAUGGAGAAGCUCAUCAAAGAAUUCUGACCAAUGUUUGCAAGUUCGACCUAAAUUUGAUAAUUCUCAGCCCUCAUACUCAUGGGGUUGUGCUAUUGCUGUUGGUUCAAGUUAUAUAUAUAGCAAAGACCAACUAUUAGAUCCAGGUUCUACUAGACUGACUUCUGUAACACCCACUUGCUCAUUGAAGCUUAAUGAGCUUGAGAAAAAAGAUAUACUUGUGUGCUGCAAUCCUAGUAGUGGAAGUAAACAGUUGUGGUUUAGUGUGUGUACAGAUGCCUCAGUUCUCAAUACUGAACUAAACGUACCUGUAUAUGAUUGGAGAAUAUCUAUUAACUCUCCUUUGAAAUUGGAGAACCGACUUCCUUGUCCUGCUGAAUUUUCAAUCUCAGAGAAAACAAAGGAAGGAAAUUGCAUUGAGCGGCAUCAUGGUGUCGUAUCUUCUCGUCAGAGUGUACAUAUCUAUUCAGCUGAUAUUCAGAAACCCUUGUAUCUUACUUUGUUUGUGCAGGGUGGCUGGGUUAUGGAAAAGGACCCAACUAUUGUACUGGAUCCUUCUUUCUCGAACCAUGUCUCAUCUUUCUGGAUGAUUCACCGGCAAAGUAAAAGGAAAUUACGUGUGAGCAUUGAACAUGAUAUGGGCGGGACAAGUGCUGCCCCAAAAACAUUAAGACUCUUUGUCCCUUACUGGAUUGUCGACGAUUCUUCUUUAUCUUUGGCAUACCGUGUGGUGGAAGUGGAACCUUUGGAAAAUGUAGAGAUGGAUUCUGUCCUACUCUCUAGGGCAGUUAAGUCUGCCAAAACUGCCUUGAAAAACCCCAUAGGCUCAUUGGAUAGAAGGCAUUCUAAUUCAAGGAGAAGCCUGCAAGUACUUGAAGUAAUUGAAGACAACAGUCCAUUUCCGAGCAUGCUUUCUCCACAAGAUUAUGCUGGUCGUAGUGGAGUUUCAAUGUUUCAAUCUCCUAAAGAUACUAGGCUGGGCAUUUCUGUUUCUAUGCAGUCUUCUGAAGUUUACAGCUCUGGGAUUUCUCUGCUUGAACUGGAAAAAAAGGAACGUAUUGAUGUCAAGGCUUUCAAUUCUGAUGGAUCUUACUACAAGCUUUCGGCAUUGUUGAACAUGACUUCAGACAGAACAAAGGUGGUUCAUUUCCAGCCGCACACAUUGUUCAUUAAUAGAUUUGGAUGUAGUCUCUGCCUGCAGCAAUGUGAUACUCAGUCAGCUGUAUGGAUUCAUCCCACGGAUUCUCCAAAGCCUUUUGCUUGGCAGUUAUCAGCCAAAGUUGAACUUCUGAAGUUGCGCAUUGAUGGCUACAAAUGGAGUACACCAUUUAGUGUAAGCUAUGAAGGUGUAAUGCGCAUUAGCUUGAAAAAAGAUGUUGGAGAUGAACCUAUGCAAAUAAGGGUAGCAGUAAGAAGUGGUGCCAAGAAAUCACGCUUUGAAGUUGUUUUCCGUCCAGAUUCACUAUCAAGUCCUUACAGGAUUGAAAAUCGCUCCAUGUUCUUGCCCAUUCACUUUCGUCAAGUUGAUGGUAUCCCUGAUUCCUGGCAGCUACUUGUUCCAAAUUCUGCUGCUUCAUUUCUGUGGGAAGAUCUUGGUAGAAGACGCUUAUUGGAACUCUUGGUAGAUGGAACUGACCCAAUGAAAUCACUCAAGUUUGAUAUUGAUGAAAUUUUUGAUCACCAAUCCAUCCAUGUAAAUGAUGGACCAACCAGAGCCUUGCGUGUUACUAUUGUAAAGGAAGAAAAAACCAAUGUUGUUAAGAUCAGUGAUUGGAUGCCUGAAAAUGAACCUACUGGAGUUCCAAGAAGACAUUUAUCAUCAACGAAUGAUUCUCAAAAGCAACAACUGACAUCAAUUACAGAUUGUGAAUUCCACAUCAACUUUGAUCUUGCUGAGCUUGGGAUAUCUAUUAUUGAUCAUACACCUGAGGAAAUUUUGUAUCUCUCUGUUCAGAAUCUUGUUUUGGCAUAUUCAACUGGUUUGGGCUCUGGAAUUAGUCGAUUCAAAAUCAGAAUGUGUGGGCUACAAGUGGACAACCAACUGCCACUAACUCCAAUGCCAGUUCUCUUUAGGCCACAGAGAGCUGUAUCAGAAACUGACUAUAUCCUGAAAUGCUCCAUUACAAUGCAAUCAAAUGGAUCAUUGGAUCUUUGUGUCUAUCCAUAUAUUGGUCUACAUGGGCCAGAAAGUUCUUCUGCCUUUCUGAUAAACAUUCACGAACCUAUUAUUUGGCGCCUUCAUGAAAUGAUCCAGCAGGUGAAGCUCAGUAGGCUGUAUGAUUCUAAAACAACUGCUGCAUCAGUUGAUCCAAUAAUUCAAAUUGGUGUCCUUAAUAUUUCGGAAGUUCGAUUCAGAGUGUCUAUGGCUAUGUCACCAAGUCAAAGACCCAGGGGUGUGCUUGGGUUCUGGGCAUCCUUAAUGACUGCAUUGGGUAACACAGAAAAUAUGCCUGUCAGGAUAAACCAGAGGUUUAAUGAGAAUGUAUGCAUGAGGAAGAGUUCUAUGAUUACCAUGGCUAUCUCAAAUGUCCGAAAGGAUCUACUAGGCCAACCACUUCAGCUUCUCUCAGGAGUCGAUAUAUUGGGCAAUGCAAGUAGCGCACUUGGACACAUGAGUAAAGGUGUAGCUGCAUUGUCUAUGGAUAAAAAAUUUAUUCAAAGUCGACAGAGACAGGAAAACAAAGGUGUGGAGGAUUUGGGUGAUGUUAUAAGAGAGGGAGGUGGAGCAUUAGCUAAAGGUUUAUUCAGAGGGGUGACUGGCAUUUUAACAAAGCCUCUUGAAGGAGCAAAAUCUUCUGGUGUGGAGGGUUUUGUUCAGGGUGUUGGGAAGGGAAUUAUUGGUGCCGCUGCACAACCAGUGAGUGGAGUUUUGGAUCUUCUGUCAAAAACAACCGAAGGUGCUAAUGCUAUGAGAAUGAAAAUUGCAUCUGCUAUAACAUCUGAUGAACAACUUCUCAGGAGGAGACUGCCUCGUGUUAUAGGUGGUGAUAAUCUGCUAAAACUAUACGAUGAGUACAAAGCUCAAGGACAGGUCAUACUGCAGUUGGCAGAAUCAGGUUCAUUUUUUGGUCAGGUUGAUCUGUUCAAGGUUCGCGGAAAGUUUGCCUUAUCAGAUGCUUAUGAAGAUCACUUCAUGCUUCCAAAAGGGAAAAUCCUCGUGGUCACACAUACAAGAGUCAUACUAUUGCAACAACCAUCCAAUAUUAUUGCUCAGAGAAAGUUCAGCCCUGCAAGGGAUCCAUGUUCAAUAAUGUGGGAUAUUCUGUGGGAUGAUCUUGGUACUAUGGAACUGACUCAUGGCAAAAAAGACAAGCCAAAAGCUCCCCCAUCACAGCUCAUUUUAUAUUUGCAAUCUAGGUCAAUGGAUAUGAAAGAAAAUCAUCGCAUUAUAAAAUGCAUCCGUGAAACCCAUCAAGCUCUUCAAAUUUACUCUUCAAUUCAGCAUGCAUUGAACACUUAUGGUCCAGGAGUAUCAAAGGGAGUUCUGAAAAAUAAAGUGGCAAAGCCAUAUUCACCCCAUGUUGAUGCCCGUAGUGUUGACCUAUCCCCCCAACAGAUGCCUGGAUCAGUCCCUCUCUCCUCAACUUUUGGAAGCAGUGCCCGUGACUAGGACUAUACAUUGUCAUCACAUCAUAGUCAAGUCCCUAUCUAAACAGCCCUGUGCUCUAUUGAAAUUCUACCGAUUAGUCCACCUGAUGACUUCCGUUCAACCCAUGCAGACAGUCACAUGAGCCCACUCAUAUCAGGACUGAGAUUGUAAUGCUGGUUUCAGGAAUGGAACCAUAUACCUACCCGAAGAUAACGGUUACAGUUAGUUGGAGGGAAUUGGUUCGAAAUCUAUCUAUUGCUAUGAGUCUCGGAGAAGGCCCAUAUCUCCAAUUUUUUGUUAGAAUAUCAUAUAAAUCCAAUACUUGUAUAAUAUUGAGUGAAAUAGUUUUCUUUGUACAUAUACAGAAUCACACAGCUCAUAUAGGAUCCUACUUGCUCUCAUCUUGCCCCUUUCACAUAUAGAAUUUUUUAUUUUUGAACUUUUUAACAAAUAUUCGUGUAACACCCAUAUCUAGACCCAAAAUAAUUUCAAAACUUUAUAAAAAUAA